AUCUGUCCGCCACUACUCGCUUUGCACAUAGCCAAUACCUUGCUAAUACCCCGGAAUUGGUUAACUUUAUUUUUCCGAUAUAUUGUAGGGAAUAUCGUAGGAACGUAGCUUGGACUUAAUUGUUCCUCUGAUUUUUUCCUCCAAUAAAAUGUUCACUACAAAUUUUGUCGUGAGGUUUUGGAGACCAUUGUGUACCAUCAAAACAUGAAAAUAAAAAAUUUACAUUUGCUAUUGAGGCCGUUAUUUUUGCAGUUAACAACGUAAUAACACUCAUGGCCCAUUUCUUUGCUUUGAUUUUGUACUGCAAUCAACACAUUUGACAGCUGAUCAUCCGCAUUUGUUUCCAAUUUCUGCCGUGUUGUGCGCUGCGGUCGUUGCCUGUCCGCCACUACUCGCUUUGUACAUAGCCAAUACCUCAACCUUUUUCGAAACAAGAACCUUCUAUCACUUGUCAGAUGAUCCGUAUGUCAGUUUGCGUCAAAAUUUUGUACUCUCAAAAUGCUAAAAGUAAAAUGUUAAAAUUGAAAAAUACAAUCCAAUAUACAAAGCGUUAAGUUUUGCAAAAUGGUUAAUAAGAAGUCGAGAAAAAAAUUUUUCGGAAGCUGCAUGUUAAAAUAUCCUUGGGAUGGGGAAUGUCCUACAAACUAUACAACAGCAGAUACCCGAACGCUGUCGUCGGUUAAGAGACCGCUGCCGUCGACCUAACAGGAUCGCGUACCAUCCAUCUGGCAGCUCCGGAUAUGAAGAAUACCCACAGGACCGCUACAAAAUCACCCACGCCAACAGUGGCACUCAGAUGGAGUAUCACAGAUCCACUCAGAAAUAUGAAGCUGAUCACCGAAGCACACAAACAGAACCGAGCAGCUCACAACCGUACAAACCAACGUACUCCAGCACCACUACUAUAGCCUACGGACACACUCCCAACCACCCCAACCGGGGGACCCCGAAUUAUGCCCAGGGGAGCCAACCACAACCCGGCGGUUACCCCCAAACCCAAGGCGGGACUUACCCCCAGAAUACUGAGUAUCCAAGUGGAGGGCCGUAUCAACGAGGAUACCCGCAGUCUUCUGGACAGCAUACAUACCCAAAUCAACAACAAGGCGGUUAUCCUCCACCCCAAGGAGGAUAUGGUUACCCUCCACCCCAACAAGGAGGCUACCCUCCACCGCAGGGAGGAUAUGGGGGAUACCCACCUCAACAGGGUGGAUAUGGGGGUUACCCACCUCAACAGGGUGGAUAUGGGGGAUAUCCACCACAACAGGGGUACGGUCCACCACAGCAACAAAAUCCAACGGGUGGUAUGGCGAAUAAGGCAGGCAUGGCGGCAUGCAUAGCCUGCUUAACUUGCUUCUUCUGCUCCUGUUGCCCAGGGCUCAUGGGGGGAGGCAUGCAAGGAAACGACGUUGAGGGCGGAGGCGUAGAUGGCACCGCAAAUGUUUCGUCUCCUGCCGACGACGACGACAACUAGAAAUCAUACUAGGAUAUAUAAUAGCUUAAAGCUUUAGUUGACAGUGACAGUCUAUAACUAGUGUUGCUAGUAUAAAAAAUUAAAAAGCUACCACUUUAAAUGGUUAACCGUUUGAAGUUUGUGCUGUUCGUUGAAAAAUUGUUGUGAUGUUUUCUUACCAAGCUUAUUUUUUUGAUGUAGGUAGUGACUGUAAUUUUCAACAGUAUAUUGUCAUUUGAUCAGAAACUUGAUAUUUUGAGGCUGAACUGCAAAUAUGAUUUACUUCUCCUAAUUCUAUUAUAUAUCAUUGUGUUGUAAUUAAAUAUGAAUAUUAGAUUUAUGCAGCGUUUACCACAAAUUUUAUAAAAUCUAAAUCUGAUUUCAUGUUUCCUUACGAUAUUGAUGAUGGAUUUUUUAAAUACCGUUUCUAUAUUGUUAUCUUAAAACGUAUUGAAAAUGCAAUCAUGUCAAAUAACCGAUUCAGUAGUACACUGGCCAGCAGUGACCAACCUACUCCAAUCUAUCAAAUGUAUUGCGGUCACCAGUGACUGCUCUCCACUACCUCUAUUAUAGACCUUAUUUCCGAUGUUUAAAGACUACAUUUGUAUAUAGGCUCUGGAGGAAAGCUAUUGUGGAUAAUGACGCAGCCGAGUCUGCGAUGUGCCCUCGACAGUUGUUCGAGUAGUUGAAGCUCAUAAGCGGCGAUGUUAAUGGCGAGCUAAGCCGUCUGUCCGAUAGGCAUUCUGGCCAAUUGAGAUGUCGUAAUGACAAGUUGAUAGAUAAACAAAUUUUAUUUAUCAACGAUGUAUGAUAAUUAUAUGGAUUAAACUGUCAAACACCAAGUGGUCACCGGUGACCGCAACCUAUUGUUCUAUAAUUGUGUCUAUAAUGACGGCACUCGACGAGUUAAGUUAGGUUCUUGGAAGUCCAAUCCCCUUCUCCCCCUUCCUAAAAGGCUGAUAACGCACUUGUGAUUCCUCUGGUGUGCGAAUAUCUAAUCGUAGUACUGAUUACUUACCAUCGAAAGAUCCGUCUGUUUAUACCAGAUAAAAGAAGGACACUAAUAUCAAGUGUAGGAAAGCCAUGCUUCGGCACGAAUGGGCCGGCUCGACCGGAGUGAUACCACGGCCGAACAGAAAACCGACGUAA